UGGUCAUACUAAAUUCAGCUGUUUACAGACUGUUUUUAUUAAAAAAAAAGUUAUUCGCGACUCGCAGUUGGUCGAAAAAACCAAGAACGUACGAAAAGGCAUAAUUAGCUCAGAAAAAUAACAAUCAUAGGUGUUUUGGAAUUGUUCUAAAUAGUGCGUGUAGCAUCAAGAGUGGUGCAUCCUAAUCGUUGGAGUUGUAGGAAGCGAAGCAACAAGAGGUUGCAGGAAACAGGAGCAGCAAAGCAGCCGUCAUGGAGCCUCCAUCGGCGGGUGGAGGCAUUGCUCACAAUAACACCACACAUAAAUUUCAUCCAUGCGAUGAGGCGGUCAUAGCCACAAAUGAUGAUGCUAGUGAUUGCAAGCGAGGUGCUGUGCGCCUUGGCUACUGGAAGGACGAUUAUAUUGGGUACUUUGUGCGGAACCAAGAGAGGAAGGCGCCGGAGAUAAAUCGUGGUUACUUUGCACGAGUCAAGGGCGUUGAGAUGUGCGUGGAGAAGUUUCUGAAGAAAACCGCUGGCAACUGUCAGAUUAUCAACUUGGGCUGUGGCUUCGAUACGCUAUACUUUCGACUGCGCGACACCGCGCACCAGGUGAAGAACUUCAUUGAACUGGACUUCCCGACCGUAACAGCUCGCAAGUGUUAUACGAUCAAGCGAAACAAGGCGCUGUUGGCCAAAAUACAUGAUGAGGAUGGCGAAGUGCGACUUAGUCCGACAGAUUUGCACGGACCCAACUAUCAUCUGAUGGGCGUCGACCUGCGCAAUUUGGAUGAAGUGGACAAUAAGCUACAGCAAGCCGAGGUUGAUUACACGCUGCCUACCAUCUUUCUAGCGGAAUGCGUAUUGGUUUAUAUUGAGGCACAAAACUGCAGAAAUCUCUUAAAGUGGAUUGCACAGAAGUUUCAAGCCGCAGUAUUCGUCAACUACGAACAGGUCAACAUGAAUGAUCGUUUUGGCGAUGUAAUGCUCAAUAAUCUACGCAGUCGUGGCUGCAGUUUGGCUGGCGUAGAGUCCUGUUUGUCAUUGGAGACUCAAACCAAUCGCUUCAAGGACUGUGGUUGGAGUGGGGCUCGCGCUUGGGACAUGGUGCAGGUGUACGAUAGCAUUUCCACAUCGGAACGACAACGUAUUGAGCGUUUGGAAAUGUUGGACGAAGGAGAACUACUGCUUCAGCUAUUCCAGCAUUAUUGUCUCGUUGUUGCCUGGCUGGGAGUUGCAUUUCAGGAUCUAGAUAUUACUGUGGAAGAGCUGAUGUCCUCGCUAAAUAUUGAUUAGUGGAAGGAAGAACUGCGAAAAAACGUUCUUGGCUGCGAUACAAGACAAUUUGAAAGUUUAUUUAUUGCAUGUACUUCCUGCCGCCUUGCAAUCCGCAAUCAGGUGCAGGGGCAUGCCAAAUUUUUGCUUCAGACGUUACGCGGAAUGUGUUACAACAAUUAUAACGUAUUUAAUGUUUGUCAUUAAAACACAACACGAAACUUACAAAAGGCACUCGGUAUGUGCUUUAUUAACCUUGCUUAUUUAACGCACCUUUUCAUAAAUUCUCAAGUGUAUUUUAAUUAAUAUAACCUAAUUGGAUUGUUCCUUAAGUCUUUCUUUCUAAGCUAAU